AUGUCACAAGAUCCCCAUAACAUUAUAUUUACUUCCUAUGGGAGAAAUAAGAAACGAAUGAAAUCCUCAUGGAGCUCAGAAGACGAAGACACUGUUCACCAAAAGGUGGAGGAAACAAGAGAAGAAAAAUAUGAACGGGAUACACAGCGCGCAUUUGAAAUUCUCAAAGAGGAUAUAUCAAGGAAGCCACAUCUACUUCCAUUACGAACUGAUCACAAAGGAAACAAACAUGUUCAGUCAUUUGAACAAUUGAUGAAACAUGCCGACGACUAUGAAUCAGAAUUUAGGCGUCUUUAUUCAGAAACUGCCAAACCAGACAAUCCAAAUUCCAAUAAAAAGUUUCGAGAGGCUGUAAAUUUAACUCCAGGAACUAUUUUCUGUGGACAGGUUAAUCAAAAAACAGAAUCGCUACCUGAUCGCGACUUCGGACAACUGGCAUACGUGGUUGGGUCAAACAAUAGAAUGAAAUGCACAUCAUUCAACUAUACGGGCUCUAUGUUUGCAAUUUCUGGUACUGAUGGACUUGUUCGCGUAUAUUCAACAAUCGGUGGUACUGCCUUGUAUGAUAAUAAUAAUAAAAAGGGUAAAAAAGCAAAAAAACCUUUUGAUCUUGUCGAAAUAAUAAAACAAUCGUCUGAUCCGGAAGACUCUGAUGAUUCCGAUGAUGAUCUGAUUGGCAAGUCCACUCGAUCUUCCAACGGCCAAAGUACUACUCAAUCUACUGAAAAAGUAGCUCCACUACAAAAUAGACAACCAAUUUCAUCUUUAUCAAAACAUUACAAUGCUAUCCCGUCGACAUCAAAACAGCCAAUUGUUACCACUGUAUCAUCGCCGAGUAGUAACAUUUCUUUAGAGUCAACAUCACAGUCUCAUUCAAGCUUAAAUAAUUUUCAAUCGA